UGCGUAGCUCUUUUUUUUUUUUCCAUUUUACGUAAAAUCUCUACCGCAGCAACGCCUCACGACUUCUGUUUCUCUCCCAUCAUCCUGUGCGGUGUGAGGGGUUUUCGUGUGCGCGCUGUCUGUGGUGCUGAAGCUGCGCGUGCCAUCCACAAGAGCAUCCUUCCUUCCGCGAGACCGGAAAGGGGAAUUCUGUUUUCGACGGUUGGAACGGUUGCUAAUUUCGGGAUGCUUCCUCCUGCUUCUUUUUGCUCUUUUUCGCACUUUUAACGCAUUUAUUAUUUGAAGCGCAAGUGACGAUCUUCAGAGGCGCCUUUAGCCUCUUUUUCUUUCGUUUCUUUCGUAUUUUAUCGACGCUUCCAGUCAGUUCGGUGCCGCCUGCCUGCCUGCCUGCCCCGCCGAUACCGCAUCCUUUAUGCACAGCACGCUGCUCCAGUACUCCCCGACGAAACACACCGAGCACAAUGGCCCGCUCCAGCUGCGUUCACUGAGAGACAUGGAAGCCAAACAACACCAGAUAAAAAGCCUGAAGAGCUACCCGGAGACUGGCGGUCGUAGCCUGGCAGCGGCCGCCGGAGGAGGAGGAGGUGGAGGUGGUGGUGGUAGUGGAGGUGGUGGUGGUGGAGGAGGAGGAGGAGGAGGAGGAGAUGGCGGGUAUCGAGACGGCUCGGCCGAAAUGGAGAUGGAGCUGAAGAUUCAGAAAGCCAUCGACUUCAAAGCGGAGGGCCACCGCUGCUACAAGGAGAAGAAAUUCCGGGAGGCGAUAGGCAAGUACCACCGUGCGCUGCUCCAGCUGAAAGGGGUUCAUGUUGUGGACGGGACGACGGGCUCCGAGGUCAACCUGCUGAGCCAAGCCGCGGCCAAGCUGACCGAGGAGCAGCGGAGAGCCGUGGAGAGCACCGAGAUCGAGUGCUACGACAGCCUGACAGCCUGCCUUUUACAGUCUGACCUGGUAAACUACGAGAGAGUGAAGGAGUACUGUCUGAAGGUGCUGAGCCACCAGAGGGACCACUUUAAAGCCAUGUACCGGGCCGGCAUUGCCUUCUAUCACCUGGGGGAUUAUGAAUGUGCGUUACGCUACCUGCGUGAUGCUAAGAACCGCGAACCUGCAGACACCAACGUGCUUAGAUACAUCCAGCUGACAGAGAUGAAGAUGAGCAAGAGUGGACAGCGAGAACGGGAAAGCGGCAAGGAGACCCAGGGCUAAUCCUUUCCAACUUCCUGGCCCUCCUGUUCCCUUUAACCCUUUUGGCAAUCCUACUGACCCUUCCUCUCUCCUCCUCCUCCUCCUCCGACUCCUGACAGCAGCACAGACAGAACAGACCCAACCACCCAGCUGGUGACACACAAACGGGGCACAUAUCAACAACUGUCUGCUACUUUCUCCUCUUCUCUCCUCUCGGUUCCUCCCUCAGGGGCUUUGGUUUCUCUCCCUAGACACAAUCAGCAGCCUAACAUGAAGAAAAUCAACAGAAAACAAAAGAAAGACAAAACUGUAAUAUACUCAUAGAAACCGUCCUUGUGCCGGAGUGAAAAAGGAGCUUCAUAGACCUGCAUAUGAACCAUGAACAUUUGGUUGGUUUAGUACACGUUUAAAGAGCAGAACAUGCUUUUACUUCCUGCUUUCUUGCUCUUCUCUCUUUUUUCUCUCUGCCUUGUUUCUCCACGACCCCAAAUUCUCGGGGAGAGUUUAUGGGCUCGGGAAGCUGGACCACACUGGCAGGAGGGCAGGGAUCUGUGUGCAUGUGGGCAGGGAGACAGCGUGAAGCAUGAUGGUCAGUUGGGUGUGUGAGACAUAUCAAGACCGCAGCCCAUUUUGAUUGCACACCAUGACGGAACAGGGCCCACUUCAGAGCAGCAGGAGACAAGAAGCUGCUUCUGUUCCUGAUCUGUCAUUUCUCUGCCCAACCUCUCUGCCAUGCAUCUCUCUUUCUAGACUGUUCUUUCAAUUCAAGGGCUAAUUCAAGUGUUUGUAACUCCUUAAUUAGGGUUUUUAGUUUGCCGUCACGGUCAGUCGUAUGUAAAAUGUUUGUUUGCAGCACAGAGGCAAAAUUCUCAAGCGGUUCUGAUUGUUGUCUGGUACGCUGUUGUGGUGAGAAGAAGAAAUAGUGCAGUAAUGUCUAGAAUCUGUCAUCUGAAGCCUGUCCCGGAUCGCGUGAUGUGGCUUUCAUGUUGGCGAGAUCGUGCGGGCCCUUCCUCUUUCUCCCAGUUCUCCAUUAAUGAUGUCACAACGGAAAAUAGCCAAUAAGGUCAGGAGAUCCAUCAAACCUGGGUUGGCUCAUUGGACUCGCUUUUCCAAACGGCCCGACCUUUUCCCGCUAACGCCGAACCUUCCCGCAGGUUGCUGAGACACUGAGGAGACUCUGGGCAGCGUUAGUGCAGGAAAAACAAUCUCACACACGCACAUCGGCCACAGCGCUGAGGCACUCUGCUGUCAAAGCAGAGAGCCAUUUGAGAUUCCUCCUGCUUUCAGUUUACUUUGUGCUGAUAGACAAACACGGCUGUGAGGGCAUGCAACAUUAGCAUCAGAAACUACUGACAGUAUAAGUUAGUGCGUAUCUAUUACUGGUUGUCAGAACUCUGCCGCUUGCUUCUGUUGUGGCUCAUGAAGCAUAAUCAUUGAUAUCGCAAAUCUCUUGUUUUUUCUCUGAUAGCUUUUCCGCAGGUUUAAAUCGUCCUGCACGGUUCUGGCGAAGGGUUCGAUUGAUCAUAUGUGAAAGCAUGACCUGAAUCCCUCUCCUCUCUGAGACGGUGGAACCCAGUUUUCCUCAUUCCUUUUGUGCAAGACCACGCUCCGCAUGCAAAGCGUGGCUCCUGAGGGUUAUUUCAGGAGUUUUUUGACGGGGAAUUUAUUGGCCCUAUUGCGUUCUGUCAUGGCAUGCUGCCACUAAAAUGCUUGCUCAUGCAAUCUGCUUAGCUCUUCUCUGAACUGAGAGGGUAGUGACUGCGAUCACAACAGUAAAAGAGGUAUGAAAUAUCUCUGGACAGAGCUUGUGUUAAUUUACAAAGGCGGAAGAUUAUUGCUCUGAAACUCAGAGUUAAAGGAUUAAAUCAGAUGCUGGGAAGGAGUUGCCCUCCCAGUUUAAUUUAUUGGCCUGGUACGAGUUAGAGAAGGACCUACAGUAAGUGUGUCAGUGGCACUCUGGAGAGACGACGCCAUGAGUUGAGGAGACCGGCGUGAUACAUGGAGGCUCCGGGGGAAGGAGAAGUAGGCCAUCGUCGGCUCGAGUUAAGCAGUUGCAGCCCUUUACAGAAGAUGCAGCAAGAUUCAAAUCAAAUGUAUCAUUUAUGACUACAUGAUGGGGAUACAUGACUAUGUUCACAAAACAAAUCUGCAGCUAAGGCAUCUCACUGUCGAGGAAACGUCCUCUUUAAGGAGUCUGACAGCUGGAAUUCGCUUUCAACCAUUAAAAAAAAAAAUAGCUGCUUUAAUGCCGUAAACUUUAACAUGAUAACAUAAUAAUAGUAUUGCACACAGCCUUGCAAAAGUAUUCAUACCUCUUGUAAUUAUGCACAUUUUGUUGCAUUGCAACCACAGAGUUCAGUGUAUUUUCUGUGAUAGUCCGACACAAACUAGAGUAUACUGUAGUUCUGAAGCGGCAUCAGGACUUCUUAAAGUUUUCUUUCACUAACGACUUUCUUCCUGAUGUUCUAUAGAGAUCAGAUUUGUGGAGAGUGUGACUUGUUAACAGAGCUCCUAGAUAUUCAUGAUGCUGUUUGUUCAAUUAAUGCCCUUCAAGGAGCCGCUAACGUAGGAUUUCUCUUUUGUGUUAGCCAAAAGACCACAAGCCUUUUCUCCCCCUAAUGCUAGACUCUCAUGUUUGUUUUUGUUGUAUUCACCCAGAAUGCCCUGCGUUAUAGUCCACUUCCUGCUUUUGGAUCGGUCUCCACAUAUGUAUUCGAACUGCUCCAGAGUUCACUUCAACUGAACCGAGACCUAGGUUUGUAGGCUGACCAGAGUUUGAUUUGCACAUUCACCACACCUCCCCCAAACAAACGGGACUAUCUAGACAGGCGACCUAGAGUUUGAUUAAAGCAGACUAAACAGGGCUGGUAUGAAUGCACCCUCAAAACGAAUCUCCACCAUACUUUUCAGAUCACAGUGAAGCCAGGCUGGCAGGAUGUGAAGGACAGAGCGAGGGCCAGAUUUGCUGAGAAGGGCUUGGAACCCGCUAAUGACUGCUUGUAGCUCUCGUUACAUUUGUAUUUGUAAAACUGCUGAAAACCUUGUUUCAUUCUCCUUUCAUCUCACAAUUAUGCGACACUUUGUGUUGGUCGAUCACGUAAAAUCUUAAUUAAAAAUCAUCAGGUUUGAUACUUUUGCAGUGACCUGUCAGCUUUAGCUGCAACAUCCAAACAUUGUGUUAGGAUUAAGAUACGAGAUGCAGAAACCGUUCUGCUCCUGCGCGCUCUCUGCCGUGUGUUUAUGUCUUCUGCCUCCCAGAAGGGAGAUAAAUCAGCAGCAAGAGGCUCGGUCUCCAUGGCUGCCGGAGCCGAGUCUCCUCUCCCGCAGGGUCCCUCGGGGAUCGGUGUCCCCCUCAUGGUCGUCUCUCCACGGCUCCGGCUCAUCAUCUUGUUUUUGUCUGGCUGUGCUGAAGUCGUCUUAGCUCGUCGUGUAAGUGAAAGGUUAACUAGCUGCACACUGAGCAGGUUUGUUGAUUACUGACCGCGCUGACUCUGAGGCUGUUAAUGGCGAUUAAAGCCUAAUCCAACAACGAGCUGCGUGUGCAAACAGAGACUCCUCAUCUCUUUGUCAGUGUGGCUUUGAAAACAAACAAAAAGCACAACGGAAAAAAAAAAAUAGACUAAAUAAAUGGCUAUGUUAUUUAUUCAUGUAUUUUUAUUUUGUUUAUUUAAAUUUUUUUAUGCUCUUUUUACUUUUGGUGUCACUCAAGGUAAAUGUUUGUCAAAUGUCAAAGUAGUUUUUUGUGAAUAUGUAAUACAAAUGUACAAAAAAAAAAGUAACAAAAAUGGAAAGUUUUAUGGUUGUGAAAAGCUUUACUUUACUGAAUUCCUUUAUCUACAGAGAAGAGAUAGAAAAGAGAAUUUUACUAUAGCUCCUCCUCAGAGCUGCAUCGUGACUGUGUCUGUAUUUGUUGGUAUUUCUCGUCCCGUCGAGGGGAAACUACAACGGCGCAGAGAGAGUGCAGAGCGAUCGGCGGCUCCGCAGUGACACAGAGACGGAGAACCGGUGCGCCUCACGCCUUCAGCCCUUUUGUUUGAACAGGACGGACAAAAAGCCGGGCAGGACGGGGCUCAGACUGCGCCUCUCACUCCCGAGAGGCCACUUUUCAUUCAACAUUCAAACACCUGAGAGGCCUCCAUCACAGGAUUUACCGAACUGCAAGGGCAGGAAUGCACCAGUAACUGAUACAUGAGGAUUAUGAAUAAAGUUCAAAACAAAAAGCA